AUGCAGCAUAUACUCAGGAGAAGCAUUGUACCAAUAUCCAGAAAUAUCGGUUUGAGCAGAAGAUUCGCCGACAGACCUCUAUGGCAAAGCUCUGCCAGACUAUUUUCUACUUCUAUGAUGUUGAGUCAUGGACAUAUAAAGAAACCUAACCCAGGUGAAGAACUACACGUCACUUACAUACUUAAAGAUGGAUCGCAGAAGACAUACGAAGUUGCCGAUGGCGACACAUUGCUGGACAUUGCACAGGCCAAUAACUUGGAUAUGGAAGGUGCAUGCGGUGGUUCAUGUGCUUGUUCAACAUGCCAUGUUAUUGUCGAUCCAGAUUACUACGACGCCAUCCCAGAGCCCGAAGAUGACGAGAAUGAUAUGCUUGACUUAGCAUAUGGACUAACAGAGACCAGUAGACUUGGAUGCCAAGUAAAGAUGUCCAAGGAUAUCGAUGGCAUUAGAGUUGCAUUACCUGCUAUGACCAGGAACGUUAGUAACAACGACUUCAACCAAUGA